CCAAACAAAAAAAAAAAAGUAAAACAAAAAAAAGACAAUCCUUUCUCUCUCCAGAAAAACAGUAACUUUGAAAGCGAGAAAUGAAGUUUCGGUUGUUAUCACAUCACGUUAGGCACGUGCCCAUGAUUUUCUUUUAACGUCUAGUACCCCUUUUUGUUUCCUGGGUCUUCAGUUCUUGAAUUCACAAAAGCACUGUCUUGGUUUGUUGGUGUCUGGGUUUUUAUUGGUUUGAUUUGUCUCAAGUCAGUAGCUUUCUUGGGUACUAAUCUUUUGUGUUUCUAAGAUUAAGAAUCUUAGAUAGAUCUGAUAAUAACCUUUAAGGGUUUUUACUGUUUCUUUUUCUAGGUUCUUGAGAGCACUUCACAUUUUUUGUUUACUAAAAUAAUUAGUUUUUGGUGUUGUUUUUUUAUGUAUAGUAUGUUGACUUGGUGGUCUUGGAAAUUCAAGCAAGAAAGUUCUUAGUUAUGGCAUAUUGAAGUUUUUUUUAUUAAGAUAAAGUAAUGUUUUUGACUUCCUGAUAGCUAAAAUUUGAUAUUGCAAUAUAAAGUUUCUGUCUUUUUUUCAUUUUAAUUAUUUUACACUAUGAUUUUGAAUUUGUUUUAGCUGUAUGAUUAUUUCGGUAAAACCCUUUUUGUGUUCAGCUAUAUAAGAUUUUUUUUAAUUUUUUUUGCUUUUGCUUUUAGGUGUCCUUGAUGCCGAUUUCUUUCUUCUGUGUCUCUUGUAAGUUUAGGGUUUGGAUAUGAGCAAGAAAUAGCAUCAUUAGUUGAAAAGUAAGGUAGCUUAUGGUAUUUGUUUUUUAAUGCUAUGAUUCGAUAGAGAAACUAUGGAUCAUAGGUUCAAUCUUAAUAAUUUAUAGAGUAAGUUCGCUGGUGGAUUAAUGGCUAAUUUCUCUGAGCCAUCGUCAUCUCUGAGCUAUACUUCAUCUUCUCAUUUAUCAAAUGGCUCAAUUAGUCACAACAUAUCCAACUCCUCAGGUGCUGAGGCAGGAACUAGUCUUGAGGUGAUUAGUCUAAACAAGCUGAGCUCUAAUUUGGAGCAGCUAUUAAUUGACUCCGCUUGUGAUUAUAGUGAUGCUGAUAUUGUUGUUGAGGGUACCGCUAUUGGCGUUCACCGAUGUAUUUUAGGUGCUAGGAGUAAGUUUUUCCACGAGUUGUUUAGGAGAGAAAAGGGAUCUUCAGAGAAAGAAGGAAAACCAAAGUAUUGCAUGAGUGAUUUGUUACCUUGUGGAAAGGUUGGAUAUGAAGCCUUCCUAAUUUUCUUGAGCUAUUUGUAUACUGGAAAACUCAAGCCAUCUCCAAUGGAAGUCUCAACAUGUGUUGACAAUGUAUGUGCCCAUGAUGCGUGUAGACCUGCAAUUAAUUUUGCAGUGGAAUUGAUGUAUGCAUCAUCCAUAUUUCAAGUACCAGAGCUGGUUUCACUUUUCCAGAGACGCCUUCAGAACUUUGUUGGGAAAGCUCUUGUGGAAGAUAUGAUUCCAAUCCUUGUGGUUGCCUUCCAUUGCCAAUUAAGUCAGCUUGUCACACAAUGUGUUGAUAGAAUAGCACGGUCUGAUCUUGACAACAUCUCUAUAGAGAAGGAGCUUCCCCAUGAUGUUGCAGUUGAAAUUAAACUGCUCCGACGCAAGUCUAUUUCUGAUGAAGAAAACAACACAGAGGCUGUGGAUGCCCUGCGUGAAAAGAGAAUCAAGAGGAUACACAUGGCAUUAGACUCAGAUGAUGUUGAACUUGUGAAACUUCUCCUGACUGAAUCUGAUAUAACCUUAGAUGAUGCUAACGCUCUCCAUUAUGCUGCAUCGUACUGUGAUCUCAAGGUCGUGUCUGAGGUGCUUAGCCUCGGUCUUGCUGACGUCAAUCUUAGAAAUUCACGAGGUUACACAGUUCUCCACAUUGCUGCAAUGCGAAAAGAACCAUCAGUGAUAGUGUCAAUGCUGGCGAAAGGAGCAUCUGCUUUGGACUUGACAUCAGAUGGGCAAAGUGCUGUUAGUAUUUGUCGAAGGUUGACAAGGCCAAAAGACUAUCAUGCUAAAACAGAGCAAGGGCAGGAAGCGAACAAGGACAGGUUAUGCAUUGAUAUCUUAGAGAGGGAAAUGAGAAGGAAUCCAAUGGCUGGGAGUGCCUCCAUCACUUCCCAUACAAUGGUUGAUGAUCUGCACAUGAAGCUGCUAUACCUGGAGAACAGAGUGGCAUUUGCAAGAUUAUUUUUCCCUACUGAAGCCAAGCUAGCCAUGGACAUUGCACAUGCUGCAACAACACCAGAAUUUGCUGGUCUUGCUGCCUCAAAAGGUUCUAACGGGAAUUUGAGGGAGGUUGACCUAAAUGAGACACCAAUAAUGCAGAACAAAAGACUUCGUUCUAGGAUGGAAGCCCUUAUGAAAACAGUUGAAAUGGGCCGACGAUACUUCCCCAGUUGCUCUGAAGUGCUCGAUAAGUUCAUGGAGGAUGACCUUCCUGAUUUGUUUUACCUUGAAAAGGGUACCCUAGAUGAACAAAGAAUCAAGAGGACACGUUUCAUGGAGCUUAAAGAGGAUGUUCACAGGGCAUUUACCAAGGACAAGGCUGAGAUUAACCGCACUGGUUUGUCUUCCUCGUCAUCCUCAUCUUCUCUAAAAGAUGGUAUUAGUAACAAACUCAGGAAAUUAUGAGGGCAUGCAAGUAUGUCUCUGAUAAGCCUUAUAAUUGAUACAAAGUUUAUAGUUAAAGAUUUUGAUCUGCUUCCGUGUACAAUUUUAACCAAAGAGCAAACUAGCUCUGUAAGCUCUUUAUGCCUAUGUAAUACUAAGCCCUUGAAAGCUUCUAUUUUUUUCU